CACCCUGAUGUUUGGUCCGCGCAAAUAACGCCUCGCACGUGAUCGUGGUCGUGCUUUCGCGUUGAAUGCGCGCCGCCUCCUUUCUUUGCGACCACCAUCUCCCCUGACUCGCCACACUGCGCGAUCCUUGCCUUUCCGUAUCCGCGCCACCGACCGCACUCACCCGCGCACGCUCGCCGUGCCCAACCUCGUAUCGCCGCUCGCCCAUCCGCGCGCUUGCCGUACAGCGCCUCCCACUCCCGACGCGUCCGAGUGUUUUAUCUUUAGCUAGCGUAUAAUCGCGUUUUCGAGCGACAUGCCGUCCCCGAAGAAGCCCAAGUCCGCAGGAGGAAAUUCGAAGGCAGCUGCGCCUGCGUCGGCUGCUGGAGGGGAGGCGGCCCCAGGGACGCAGCAGAGGGUGCUGCACACGCGUAGUCAAAAAGCUGGAUUGCAGUUCCCUGUUGGCCGUAUACAUCGUUACCUGAAGCAGCGGACGCAGCACAACGUGCGUAUAGGGGCGAAGGCGGCUGUGUAUACGUCUGCAAUCCUGGAGUACCUGACGGCGGAGGUUUUGGAACUCGCAGGGAACGCAUCCAAGGACCUGCGCGUGAAGCGUAUAACCCCGCGCCACCUCCAGCUUGCCAUCCGUGGCGACGAAGAACUUGACACCCUCGUUCGCGCGACCAUCGCAGGCGGAGGUGUCCUGCCGUUCAUCCACAAGAGUCUCACCGCGGGCAAGCAGAAGAAGGCGGAGGGCGCGCAAUAAACCUAUAUUUUUUGUCCUUUCACGCCUCCUGGCCAUUGCGCUGCUGCCGAACCGAUGCUUGAUAUGUCUUUGCUGUGUAAUUGUACUGCUGUAUGAUUGAUGGCUUCGUAUGUUCAGUAUUAAGUGAUAUGCUUUUCAUCCCUCGAA